AUGUUCUUCUCUGGAACCCUGCAGGAAGGUAUCGCUUUAGCGGUCUCGCAAGCUAAAGCGGUAAUAUGCUUUGUUCGAGAUAAUGAUCAAACAAGUGACCUCUGGGAAGAGGAUUAUUUCGCUGACAAGGAUUUCGCACAACUACUCGAAUCGAGAUCUGUCCUGUUGCGACUCACUAAGGAUUCCCAGGAAGCUACGUUCUUGACGUCCUUUUGUCCCGUAACGUCGUUUCCUGCUGUUGUGGUAAUCAAGAAUGGAAUGCUGCGGGAAUAUCUUGUGCCGGAUAUCUCGAAGGAUGACUUUCAUAGUCGGCUGAAGGCUGCUCUAGAGGACAGUAAACCAACUGGUCAGCUUAGUCCGAACUCGCCGGCUCAAGGUGCCCAGGGCCAUACUACGAAUCCAUCCUCCAGUUCUCAUACAGCGCCCGUGGCUGCAUCCCAGCCUGAGCCUUCACCAGCUCCUGCCGCUGCUAUUUCGACGCCAGCGCCAGCUUCAUCUGAGCCGCAAGGAAGUGGAUCACAAAGGCAACAAGGUCAACAGGAAUAUAAUAGUCUACGUGCCGGCGGGAGGACAUAUAGAGUUGAAACACCUAGCCAAACACCGAAACCCCGGCCAAAGAAGCAAGAAACGCUGAAACCGCAGGGAAUAGGCAAACCCAAGGAUAGCACAAAAAAGCAGAAGGAACCAGAAGCAAAAGCUACGAACAAUAGUGCAUCCGUCAAAAUCACCAACACGCCCGCAGAGGACCGCAAACCACAAACACCAACACCACCCAAACAAUAUCGACUUCAGGUCCGUCUGUUCGAUGGAAGUUCUAUCCGGUCCAGCUUUUCACCUUCACAAACCAUCCGCGGAGAUGUCCGUCCCUGGAUUGACAGCCAGCCUGGUGACGAAAAGCGCCCAUAUAAUCUCAAACACAUUCUGACUCCCCUGCCGAAUCGGACGCUUACUAUCGCCGAGGAAGAACAGACGCUCACAGAGCUCGGGCUGGGCUCCACGGCGAAUUUGGUCAUGGUUCCAAUCAAUACAUAUACAGAAGCCUAUUCGGCCACUGGUUCCAGCUUACCAGCCGGGCUGUAUCGUCUGCAUAUGAACUUGUUUCCUCUGCGGUGGGCACCGCCACGGGUCUCGUAG